AUGUGGAUGCGUCAUACAGCAUUAACAAGUGGAAAUGUUUUUGUGAAUAAAGACUCUGAUUUUUCCAAAAUGAAUGUUGAGGAAUUGAAACAACGUAUUGAUAAUGAUCCUAGUAUUAUGAAGAAAUUAAUGUUCAUGGGUUCUCACAUUCGUGGAUCAAAGGCAUUUUGGAAGAGCAGAUCAGGUGAAUUACGUGAUAUGAUAGAACAAUUGGGACUACCAACUAUAUUUUUAACAAUGAGUGCUGCAGAUCUUUUUUGGCCCGAUCUUUUUCGUUUGCUAUGCAACAAAGAUAUUUCACAAAUUACAAUGAGGGAACGUAGGAUUCUAAUUCAAGAGAACCCAUUAAUUGCUGAUUUGUUUUUCCAACACAGGCUGGAAUGUUUUGUUGAUACUGUUCUUGAACCAGAAUUUCAAGUUGUUGAUUUUUGGUAUAGGAUCGAAUACCAACACAGGGGCUCGCCUCAUGUCCAUGGCUUGUAUUGGUGUAAAAAUGCAGUUGAUGUGUCUAACAUAGCUAAUGCGACUGAUGAAGAAAGGAAAAAGAUCAGCAUGUACUUUGACAAAUUAGUUUCUGCUGUUUUGCCAGACAAAGAUUGUCCAAUGCCUGACCAACAUCCUUGUGAAGUUCGUUUUGAAAAUGUAACUGAUGUUGAUGAAUCAUUAUCACAGUUAUUGAAGUCAGUGCAGAGACAUACAUGUUCUAAAGCCUAUAUACAGAGAACUGAUAAAAAAACCAAACAAACUGUUUGCCGAUUCCAUUUUCCAAAGGAAAUUAGAGAUCAUUCAGAAAUAAUUGUGAACCCUGAAACUGGUGAAGUGGAAUUUUUACCCAAGUGUAAUGAUGAAAAAUUAAACAAGUUUCAUCCGUUCAUCAUAAGCACAUGGAGAGCAAACAUAGAUAUUGCUCCUGUGUUAUCAAAGAAAGCAGUUGUUGCGUAUCUUACCAAGUAUGUUACUAAAAGUGAAGUCGGGUCUGAUACAUUGAAGGAGAUUUGUUCUAAAGUUUGUUCCAGUAUGGUGUCUUCCGAAAAAGCCACGAAAGCCAUUCAAAAAGUUUUAAUUAAAAAUUGUGUGGAACGUGAUAUCUCUGCCCAAGAGGUGUGCCAUAUUUUGAUGGGUGCAAAGCUUUAUUCAGCUAGUGGUCGUAAAUUUGUUGUAGUCUUUACCAAGGAAACUGCUUGGGUUCCUCUAGAAUGUAAUGAAGUAAGUGAAGUGAACAAUAAUUCUGAGAAUAGAGAGGGAAAAACUUUUUUGGCAAAGUAUAAAACCAGACCUGAGCAGUUGUGUAAUGUAUCUUUGUAUAACUGUGCAAAAUAUUAUAAUAGCAGCACCUGGAAGAAACUGAAGAAAAGAGAUAACAUUGUUCGUGUUUUUCCACGUUUAACUUUAUCUGACAAUGAAGAGAAAAAUGAGUUAUGGUAUAGGCAACAAGUACUAUUGCAUGUACCUUUUGUUUUGGAAGAUGAAUUGAAAGUAGAAGGUGAAUACUGGAAAAAUGUUUAUGAUAGACAAAAUGUAGCUCACAUUAAGAAGACAUGGUGUUUUAAUAACGUUAAUGUUGAACCUGGAGAAGCAGAAGAAAUUGAAAUGUUGUGUGAAAAUGAUGAAAGAAAUGGAGAUUGGAUGAUUGCAUCUCGCCUAUGUGCUAGUUCUAUGGUUCAACCAGUUGAACUGGGAUCUAAGAAAGUGGAUGUGAAUCAUGAUUGGCAUAGUAGUGCUUCAAAAUAUGAGUCAUUUGGUAAUUUUAAUUUUUUCAAGAACUUCAUUGAAAAUGAAAAAAAGAAAGAUGAUGUUGGUCCUGUUGUCAAUGACAUGCCAGAUGUAAUUUUCUCUGCCGAACAAAAUGUAAAAAUGUUUCUGGGAGAACAAAUUAAAGCUAUAAAUAAUUGUAAUGAACAGACAGGUCUUCAUAGAAGAGUGUUGGUGCAAGGCAAAGCUGGCACUGGUAAAAGUUUAUUGAGAAAGUUUUUAGUAAACAUAUUACAGAAAGAGUUUGGACAGGAUUACAAGUAAGUAAACUAAACCUUUUUAAAAUCUUUAUUCUAUCAUGGUUCACUAUAAGUAUUUUA